AUGUCUUCCUCCGAAAAUCCCCUAUCUCAUCGCCGUCCCCCUUCCAGCUUGAUCACCGCAUCCUAUCCUCCCUUGUCCUCCCAUCCUCCGCCGCGGCCCACCCGCGAGUAUUCUUUUCCCUCCGCUGCUGCCCCUGGCAGUCAGCGCCCCGGGGCCGCUCGUCCCUCGUUAAUCAGCGCCAGCACCCCGCUGCGCCCGGGGGAGAAACGGCGCGGGGUGCGUCCCCCGACUGUUAAUCCCAAUUUCAACCAGCCCCGCGGCCGUCUGACGUUCAACGCGGAGAGUGUGGAGAAUGGGAAGGGCGAGCAGCGGAAAACGGCGCAGGAGACCCCCGCCAACGAGGCUGGAUGGGGCGCCCAUUGGCGAGGGAAGAGUGGGGAUGAGAAUCUGCGAGGUGAAAAUGUCGAUUCUACAACGAAGAAACGACGACUGGAUUCUAGUGGCGAAUUGAGCCUGAAUUCGUCGCUCUCGCCUGGAAAAACCACGGAUUUGAUUAAGCUGGAGAAGGAAAUCACUCGUGUUACAUUCGAGCGCGAUUUAUUGAAGGAAGAAGUCAGUUUGGAACGAUUGCGGACGGAGGAGAAACUGCGCAAACACAAGCAAGACGAAGACGCUGCCAUGGCCAAAGCCGGGGAAAUGUGGUCGCAGGCGGAGAAGAUUCUGCAGGAGAACGACCGCCUGCGCGAGAAGAUGGACAAGGCGGAAACGGAGGGAAUCGCCAUGCGGAAGCAGUACGAAGAGCAGAUUGCCCACAUCAAAAUGGAGCAUAUGACGCGCACGCAGCAACUCGACCGGGAUUUGCGGGAAGCGCGCAGUGAGAAUCUGCUGCUCAACGAGCGUUUCAAGACUGCAUCAAGAGAGCGCCAUGUCGCUGUGGAGGAAAAUCAUCUCCUGAAAACCAAACUGGACAAAUUGAAUCCGUUAGUGAGCGAACUGCGAGAAGUGCGCAAGGAAAACCAGAAUCUCACGGCACAGCUGCAGGCAAAAGAUGGGCAAAUCGCCGACCUGACGAAUGCUAAUGCGCUGCUGGCCAACUUGCCAGAAGAGCUGAAACAGUACCGUGAAUUGCAGAUUAAAGUGCCGCUGCUGGAGAAGGAAAAUCAGAAGUUGAGAGAACGAGCCGCACUUGCCCGUGCUAACGAGGAUAAAAUCCAGACCCUGGAGGAGUCCAUUAAACGCUACGAAACACGGCAGUGCCGUUUCUACGAUUUGGAGUUGGAAAACGAGCAGCUGAAGGCGCAGAUUGACGAGUUUGAAUCCGCUGACUUGGCACAGUCCCCGUCCAAAAAGCCGCGCGGCAUUCAGCACUUACUGGAUCGGAUUGGUGAGAUGGAAUUGCGUGAGAAGAAGCUGGGUGAUGAUGUCGCCAGCCGGAACCAAAAGAUCGGUGAAAUGGCCGACCGUUGUCGUGAUCUCGAAGAGCGAAUUGUGGAGGUCAAAUCCCAGCUGGAAUUGUCGGAGAAGUCGAAGCAGAUGCAGGAAAGCCGGGCGCAGGAUUUGUCAAACAAGCUGGCUGCCGUUUCGACAGAACGCGAUACUUUUAAACUGAUUAAAGAAACCAUGGACCAGUCGUCGAGCCGCCGCGGUGAUCCGUCCAUCAUGGCGAAACUGCGCGAUCUGGAAGAGCGGGCCACACGCAGCCAAACACUGGCCGACAACUUUGAGCAGAUGUACAACCGGACAUCCUCUUCGGAAUCCCAAUUAAAACCACCUUGAGGACCUCAGCGCCGCUAUGAAGCGGAGACGGUGCGGGCGCACGA